ACUGCAGUGCCGUCCAUCUGUUGGUUAAUGACACGGCAUCUGCUGCAGUGCUCCCUCAUUCACCUGGCGUGGAAGAGACAGGACCACAUGGGGAGGGUCGUUCAUUUCAUCUUAUCUCACAGCAUUUCGCUCCCAUCUGCCUCUCCUUGGCGCCUGCGCGGCGGUUGUGAGGGAGCGGCCCGUGAGUCAGCGGCUGCCGCCGCGCACAUCCGGGUGUCGCGGCUCCGCCCACCGCCGGCUGCCGCCCGCGGUCGGGUCGGGGGGUGCCGCUCCCGGGCCUCCGGGCCGGGCUUUUCCGAUGCUCAUCGCCGCCCGUUUAGCGGCCGCUGGCGUGCGGCGGGGAGCGGCCGCGCUCCGUCCGAGCUCGCUGCCAUGAUGCCGGCCCUGUCCGUCCCGCGGCGGGGCUGCAGCAGCCUGUACCGGCUGUACGUGCGGUGCCAGGCGGCCCCGCUGCGCCGCGCCUGCCACGGAUGGCAAACUUCAGUGAAAAGUGGGAGCCUGUUUUGCUUUUUGCCAUGCAAUCGUCUGCCUGUGCAGCUGAUGAGUCAAGUGAGAGUUUAUACCUCCAAUGGUCAGAAAAAAGAUCUCGGAUCAGAAGAUAAAAAUGUAUCUACCCCUGAAGAGGCUGCACGCAAAGUUGGAACAGGACGAGAUACUGGCAAUGCAGAUCAAAAGCAGACUUUCCUUAAAGAGCCUAUCCAAGUGAAAGUGAAAGCAGUCCUCAAAAAAAGAGAGUAUGGACCAAAAUACACGAAGAACAACUUCAUUACUGGAGUCAGAGCAAUUAAUGAGUUUUGUCUCAAAUCCAGUGAUUUGGAUCAACUGCGGAAAAUUAAACGACGAAGCCCCCAUGAUGACACUGAGACUUUCACAGUGUACCUGAGAUCGGAUGUAGAGGCAAAGUCUCUUGAAGUUUGGGGUAGUCCAGAGGCUCUUGCUAGAGAGAGAAAACGACGCAAAGAGGCGGAGAUCAAGUACAGAGAAAAUUUAUUUAGAAACCAAAGGCUACUGAAGGAAUACAGAGAGUUCUUUGGAAAUACUAAGCCACGCUCCAGUGCAGCAGCUAUGUUUUUCAAGGGACCAGGGAAGGUGGUAAUGGUAGCUAUUUGCAUAAAUGGAUUGAAUUUUUUCUUUAAGCUGCUUGCUUGGGUUUACACGGGUUCUGCAAGUAUGUUUUCAGAAGCUAUACAUUCUUUAGCAGACACAUGCAACCAGGCAUUGCUAGCUUUGGGCAUCAGUCAGUCUGCAAGGACGCCUGACCCCAGUCAUCCGUAUGGUUUCACAAACAUGCGCUAUAUUGCCUCCCUGAUUAGUGGGGUGGGCAUUUUUAUGAUGGGCGCAGGACUUUCUUGGUAUCAUGGGAUCAUGGGCUUAAUCCACCCUCAUCCUAUAGAAUCUCUUCUCUGGGCAUACUGCAUUUUGGCAGGGUCGUUGGUAUCUGAAGGAGCUACUCUUCUUGUUGCUAUAAAUGAAAUCCGCCGGAGUGCUCGAGCCAAGGGUCUGUCAUUUUAUCAAUAUGUCGUGCAGAGUCGUGAUCCCAGUACCAAUGUAGUGUUGCUGGAAGAUGCUGCUGCAGUUCUGAGCGUGGCUGUAGCUGCUACCUGUAUGGGUCUGACUUCUUUAACAGGAAACCCCUACUAUGACAGCGUGGGGUCUCUUGGUGUUGGAACUUUGCUAGGAACUGUGUCAGCAUUUCUGAUCUACACUAACACUGAAGCCCUGCUGGGACGAUCUAUUCAACCUGAACAACUGCAGCGACUUACUGAGUUCCUGGAAAGUGAUCCUGUAGUAAGAGCAAUUCACGAUGUUAAAGCCACAGACAUGGGAAUGAGCAAAGUGAGAUUCAAGGCAGAAGUAGACUUCGAUGGACGGGUUGUUACACGUUCUUACCUGGAAAAACAAGACAUUGAACAGCUGCUACAAGAAAUUCAGCAAGUGAAGACCCUAGAAGAAUUAGAAGCGUUCAUGCUUAAGCAUGGAGAGAAUAUCAUUGACACUCUGGGAGCUGAAGUAGACAGACUUGAGAAGGACCUAAAGCAACGUAAUCCCGAUGUUCGUCACGUGGAUUUGGAGAUAUUAUAGACAUAGCAGAAGAAACCUUUAAGUUGAUAGCAAUUUGGGAAGAAGCCAUAGAAAUGGCUGAAAAGCUUCUGAAAUGACAGUGACCUCAGCAGCGUACCUCGCUUUAGCUUGCAGGCUUCCCAGACUGUUAGCUUCUUAGACUGCUUCUUUUUCUGGAAGAGCUUUAGACUCGCAGUCAAAAAUUUCCAUGACAAAUCCACUUGAAAAGCUAGUUGACUUAAAUUCUGCUGGAGAAUCUGUCUGUUUACUGCAAUUCGGAACUUCAGAGUUGAAGUUUAGAUAGGCAAACGUAACUGCCUGAAAACACACAGCACACUUAGUUUUUCCAUUCGCGUCCCUUUGCAGUCAGUUUGCACUUCUUUAGUUUCUUUCAAGAUAUCAUUAAAGGUUCUUGGGAGAUAUUAAGAUUAGCUAUGAUGAGUUUGUUCCAGUGGAACCUGCCGACCUUAAACUAAUAGUUAUUUUUCAGCUGUGUGAUUGUUCCACAGUUUUUCUUUCCUAUGAGAUAAAUUCCUUCAAACAGGCGGUGACCUUCUCUCAAUUACCGUGACCUGGAAACCUUUUUGCCACUGUUUUGAUUACCAACAGCACUUCAGGGAUAAAAAAAAUCGGGUUUUUCUCCUUGUUGGAUUCAGCUGUAUGUGAUCAGCCAGAGGAUGCUGGGUUACCGUGAAGAAAAAAUUGAGAGGUUUCAGUGAAUUUCCUCUGUUUAAAUUCCAUUCUUUUCUUUUUCCCCCCACCUUCUUCAGUUAUUAUUGUUUUGUAAAUAUCUUCAGAUGUAAUCUGGGAGACGCAGUAGUGUUUAAUGAAAGUUACCUGGCAUUUUUGGCUUUUUAUACUUUUAAUAAGCAGUAUUGCCAGAAGUGGUCAUUGCUUAGAAGAUGUAAGAAAUGUAUUUGGCAGUAAUAAUAGUUGAAAAAUGUAUCAGAAAUAUUUAUAAUUAAACACUUGAAGAGAUUGUAUUUUUUAUUUAUUUACUUGUAGGUAUUUUCCAUUAUCUGAAUUCUAAACUACGUACUUUGUGGUUGGUUGGUUUGUUUUUUAAGGCCAUGCUUAUCUGAGAAAGCGGAAGAAUUGUAUCAGUGGUCCUCAACAAUCAUGAGAUAAUGCGAUAAUAAGUGCCUAGCCUUUAUAACUUUGAAAUCCACGAUUCUAGCACUAUACAAAAUCAGCUUAAAGGCUUUCUGCAGUGGGCCCCCAAGUCAUACCAGAUUCUUCAAGAAGCAGCUGCUUAAUAGAGGCAGCGAUCAUGCAAAUGGAAAUGUAAGUGAAAUGACUAUGUAUAAAUAGCUGAGGAAAAUCCUUUAUGCACUUUAAAAUAUUUCAGCAAAACAGGAAUUCUUCAUGGGUGAGAGGUGGUAUUAAGAGCUUCCUACUGAUUCUGUUCCUGAGCAACGAUGGAUUGCCUGACAGGAGAGAUGCUGAUAGGAAGCAGGUCCUCAAAAAUCAAUUUAUUAAUAUUAAGCUACAAGCAUUGCAGUAAAGAAUAGUCAUGGAAGUCAGUAAGUCCAGAUUUGCCUAAAAGCUUUUAUUUCUUUUUCAUAUUAAAUACCAUUUAGCAGUGAAUUAGAAGAAUUUAUACUGGCAUGCCCUUUUGCAACUGAGAAAUGCUUUGCUUGCUGGUCAUUUUAUGCAGGAGAACAUUCCAGAGCUUAUCUGAGGAUAGUACAGUACAGUACUAUCUUCAGUACUAUCAGUACAGGUACUGGAGAUAGUACCUACAGUAGCUGUAGGUAAAGGUAUCCCUGUCCCUUAAUUCCUCUUCCUCAGUGGCUUCUUCAUUAGCUUCUUAUGGCUAAUCCGGGAGGCACCAUUUACCUGUUUGCUCCCACUGUAGCACCUGUUAGUAUAUAGAAGCCUGGUGAUUUGAAACAUGUUUAGAGAAAGAUUUUAAAGGUAAUUUUGCAGAUGUACCAUAUCAAGUAAAUACCACUUACUUUAGCACAUUAUAAAUCAUUUACCUUUCUCCUCACUCUAUGGCAUGAACUUCAUCUCAACUCAUUAUGCACUCUGCUCGUGUUAGUCUUAUUCAUGAAGAGCACUGGAAUCAGAUAAAUGCAUCACCUCUUUCCUACUUACUAGAAUCUCUCUGUGGAUUUUGAAUUUGAAUAAACACUUAAAUUGUUAUUCCAGAAAUGUUAAAAACCUCAAGAGGACUAAAACUGGGAAAAUCUUCUUUCCGUGGAGAGGUUAUAGGAGGCAGUCAGUGUGAUGUAAAUGAUCUCUAUUGCUGGCAUCUUUAGACUGGAUUUCUUUAUCUGAGUCAGAAAUAUGCCCACAUCCACAUAUUUUGUUUGCAUUGCAAGAAGAAUCUACACGUCUUUGUCUCCCAGUUGUAUUAUUGAAUAUAUGGGUACGGUAUGUUAAAUUUAAGAAAGUAGUGCUUGAAUGGUUUGGGUAGAUCGUAGUUGCAUAGAUUGAGGAUCUGUUUCCAUUAUCUAAAACGGAUCUGGAUGGUGGUGUACCACAAAAAAGCAGAGGAGUUUUGGCAGUUCUUAUAAGCUUAUGUGUCUUGUUGGGUGAAAACAUGGAUUGAUUGGGCUUGUCAGAUGGGAAAGGUAAGAUGAUUCCAGGUUGUUAUGUUCAUGUGUAUUUAUAAUAAUGAUUUGCAGUCUGUUUUUAAAAGUUUUGCUUUUUUAACUACUUUGAAGAAAAGUAAAGUUUGAGGGAUGUGGGUUCAGUGCUUCAUUUCCUUUUAGCUUAGUGUUCGGCUGGGAAAUGUUCAUUAAUCCAUUUACGUGAUGGAACUGAAGAAAACUUGUCAAGUGUGGAGGAGCAGACGUUUCUCCUCAUCAGAAAUACAACUCCAUGGUGACUCUUUUGGAUGGCUUUUAAGCAGUAUUGAAGGAGCGAGGAUUUAGCUAACAACAAAGUUAUAUUGUAGGAUUGUGUUCAAUAAAUGUUUAGUCUUCUAAGUGAUUUAUUUUUGUUGGCAGGCUUUACAGGUUUUAGUUUUAUAAGCUGCGUUCAAAGCACUGCUGCCCUCUGCUUUGGAGUUUGCUCAUUUGUUGUGGUGUGUCUCACGACUGUGAAAUCUGUGCUAUUUGAGGAGGACUGUCUUAGUAUUCCAAUAUACUCAGUGAUCGUAAUGUAUUUUAAGUCGAAGUUGGCUGGAUGCUGAUACAUGUUUUCCUUGAGAAUUUGGUUAUCAUUUUAGCCGACUUUUCCUGAGAAAAAGAAGCAAACGAGGCAGUACCACAGUGAGAUAUGGGCUACCUGCAAAGAGUUUUAAUCCCACAAUUAAAUUCUCAGUUAAUGAGCAAUGUGAAGAGAGGUGGCUGAUUUCAGUCCCCCUCCCUCCUCACCUGCCCCCCACUAGUGAAAACUCAUAUAAUCAGAGAAAACUUUGUGUCACACGAAGAGUAAGACUGGUCAUACUUCCGCAUUAUCAGUGUUCAUAGCGCUGUUAUGGGGACAAGGUGUCUGCUGGAACAGUGAAAUACAACUCCACACUAAUGUAAGCUAAGCUUGAUUUUUUGCGACUUAACCUUAGAUUGUAUUUAAAGCAUUUUGAGGUUGUGAUUAGCUGCUUCUAAUCUGAAGGCAGAAGAACAAAAUUAUGCAACGUUGUGUAAAUGAUGUAAAUACAAAGUCUUUUGUAAGCUUCUCUUCCAAGUAAAGACACUGAAAAAGGACGCGAGAUGAAGUGUCUGAAAUAUACCUGUAGCGUUUGGGAGGUGUGUUGGGUAUUGCCAGAACUGCCAGAAAGUGGGGAAGCCAACAGUGAGGAUAUUCACUGGUGGUAGAACUUUCAAAGGGCAGCUUCAUAAUUGAAACAUGUUUUUCCAUGCAGCCUCUUAAUCAAAAUUGUUCUCCUGUCCCCCUUCUGCUCCCUUCUGAUGCCUGCUGGUGUGCUGGCUAUUCCAUUCUCUAUUGGUUACUUCGUAUUUGUAGGGAGAAGUCAGUUUGAUUUGUGAGGUGUAGGUAUUGAAGUAUUUAUCCACAUAUGUUUUCUCAUGUAAUUAUGACUGAAUUUGGUACACCUUGUAAAAUGUCUGGAAGCUGUAAUUAUUCAGUAAAAUGUUCCAUAGCA